UUCGAUACCUAAACUGCAUUUGUCGCAACUCCUCAAUCCUCCAGCCUCAGUUCUGUCUUCUCUUCCGUUGUUUCUUCAAAUCCUACGUCACUGUCCGAGGCUCAUUCCUGUCCGUGGGAACGAACCAGUCCCUCCGUUUCCGACAUUUUCACAAACACCUCGCGGACGUCUAGGGUUUUUGCCCUCCGCCGCGUCCCUGCCCGGACCGGACAACCGGACUUCUCGCCCGGGAAAAGCCGCCGAUUGAUUUUUGAUGGGUGUGGUUGAAAUAAGCAGCUUCUCCGCUCUUUGGUCUGCCAAAUUGAACGGCGCCCGGCGACCCGUUUGCUCGCUCGAGGGAAGGCGGAGGGGGGUCGUCGCCAUGGCCUCCACCGUGGACGUCCAGCAUUUGAGCGAGGCCAACCGGGAAUUGACCGGCGACUCGUUCAUUCGGCCUCAUCUGAGGAAAUUGUCUCCUUACCAGCCCAUUUUGCCUUUUGAGGUUUUGUCUACUCGUCUUGGAAGAAAACCAGAGGACAUUAUCAAAUUAGAUGCAAAUGAAAACCCUUAUGGUCCUCCUCCGGAGGUUUUUGAAGCUCUAGGGUCAAUGAAAUUCCCAUAUGUAUACCCUGAUCCAGAGAGCCGCCGGCUCCGUGCUGCUCUUGCUGUGGAUUCUGGCCUUGAAGCUGAUUACAUUCUUGCGGGAUGUGGAGCAGAUGAACUAAUCGAUUUAAUUAUGCGAUGUGUUCUGGAUCCUGGUGAUAAGAUUGUGGACUGCCCUCCAACAUUUACAAUGUAUGAGUUUGAUGCUGCAGUUAAUGGGGCACAUGUUAUCAAAGUUCCUAGGAAGCCGGACUUCAGCUUAAAUGUGGAACUCAUUGCUGAUGCUGUUGAGAAGGAGAACCCUAAAUGCAUAUUUUUAACUUCUCCUAAUAAUCCAGAUGGGAGUAUUAUUGGUGAUGAAGAUCUCAUUAAAAUCCUGAAACUCCCAGUGCUGGUCGUGUUGGAUGAAGCAUACAUUGAGUUUUCGGGGAUUGAGUCUAGGAUGAAAUGGGUGAAGAAGUAUGAGAACUUGAUUGUUCUCCGGACAUUUAGCAAAAGAGCUGCUUUAGCUGGACUUCGAGUGGGUUACGGAGCAUUUCCCUUGAGCAUUAUUGAGUAUUUGUGGAGAGCGAAGCAACCUUAUAAUGUAUCUGUUGCUGCUGAAGUUGCUGCAUGUGCAGCAUUGCAGAAUCCAACUUAUCUGGAGGAUGUUAAAAACGCUCUGGUACAAGAAAGGGAGAGGCUUUUUAAACUUCUAAUGGGAGUUCCAUUUCUCAAUCCAUAUCCUAGCCAUUCUAAUUUCAUUCUUUGCGAGGUUACAUCAGGAAUGGAUGCUAAAAAGCUGAAGGAGGACCUUGCCAAAAUGGGUGUCAUGAUCCGUCACUACAACAACAAAGAGUUGAAGGGUUAUGUCCGUGUAUCAGUCGGGAAGCCCGAGCACACAGCUGCUUUAAUGGACGGCCUUAGUCGCCUCUCACAAUGACUCUGCAAUUCCACGACUUUUUGUGAAGAACAAGGUGGAACAGGAAAUAGAUCUCCCUCACGUGCUAUAAUGCUAAAGACAUUCCCCUUGUUUUUGCAGAAUUUCCUCAAGACAGGUUUACAAAAUUUUUGUUAUAGUUGCUGAGGUAUGUGUAAGUGUACCAGGGGCUAUUCUGUUUAGGUUAGUCAUUAUGGAUGAAUCUGUGUAAUUUAUUCCAACGAUUUCGCUGUGUAGCUUUUAUUGAUAGUCCCAUCUCUCAUCUCUAUAACAAAUUGAUAAGGCUUUUCCAGAUUCAUGCCAUUAAUCGACUUUGAGCACUGGCAUCAAUAAAGAUCCUCUCCUUGCUUGAUGUCA